UCGUCGUCAAUUGUCUUCGUCGUCUUCGUUGUUUUGUUCGGGUCUUCAGUUUUGCUUUGUUCGUUGUUUUUUAGAUUCCGAGUCAUUUCAUCAGAUUCUUGGUCAAUCUCGUACCUGUUUCUGAAAGAACAAGAAAAAAAAGAAUUCUAAAGAGGCUUCAGCAACAUGAGAAAACGUAGAGUUCAGCGUAAGAAUUCGGCGAUGUUAGAUAGUGACGAUGAUAAUUGUAAUGUAAUUUCAUCAUCGUCCGUUCGUUCCGAUCAAAUGUCCCUUUCUGGUACCGAAGAGGCAGUGUUCUAUAAGGAUAGUUUACUUGAUGAAGCAGUCGACGCUUUAUUCGAGAAGAGGGGUUCGACUCGAGAGAAGGCUUUGGAAGUGAUUAAUGCAGCAUUUAGUUUCAACCUACAGAAUCAAUUUCUCGACAAUAAAUUUGCUACAGUACUUCAUCAGUGUCUGAAUUGUAUCAAGAAAGGGUCCAGCAAAGAGAUAGCUUUAGCAUCCCGUACUGUUGGUUUGUUGGCUUUAACUGUCGGUCCGGGAGAUAAUGCACACAAAAUAUUGAAAGAAUCAAUCGACCCUCUUUCACAGGCUUUUAAAUCCAGCUCAGAAUCUUCUAAGAUCAUUUUGUUACUCAACUGUCUGGUGGUAAUCACUUUUGUUGGGGGGAAUGAUCCUGAGGAAAUAGAAAAUUCAAUGCAAAUUAUGCAGCAAUUAGUUCACUCGAAAUCAAGCUCUAACGUUAGUACUGUCAAACCCACUGCUGCUGUAAUAACAGCGGCUGUGUCUGCCUGGUCAUUUCUCUUGACAACCAUGGAUGGAUGGAGACUCGGUCCUAAACUAUGGAAAGGGUUAGUGACCUAUUUGUCUAGUUUGCUAGAUAAAGAUGACCGAUCCGUGCAAAUUGCUGCUGGUGAAGCACUGGCACUGAUUUUUGGGAUGGGAAGCUUAGAGAAGCUUGCAGGUGAAGCUAAAGGUUCAUGUGAUGGCUCAGUUUCAGAAGGAAAUAAAUCAAAAGAAGGAUUCUCACAUAUACAUGGAUUGAAGGAAAAAAUUCUAAAUCAAGCCCGAGACCUCUUUGUGGAAGGUGGUGGUAAAAGUUCUUCCAAGAAAGAUCUUAAUAACCAGAGGAGCUUGUUUAAGGAUGUUUUGGAGUUCCUUGAGUAUGGUUAUUCUCCGGAGACAUCGAUGAAGAUUGGUGAGGAUACACUCCAUACGUCAACAUGGUCUAAGUUGAUUCAGGUUACUCUUCCUCUUCUAAUUCUCCAAUUUAUGUCAGUUGCAUGUCAUGGAUUUUGA